CGCCGCCAAGGCGACAUGCCAACCGACAAUUCGCACCGCACGAGCUUCAGCGAGCUGGACGUGCUGGGCAGCGUGCCGGUGCCGUCGACGUCGGUGGACGUGUGCAUGCACGACGGCUUCAGGCUCAACAGCGGCAUCACAAUACAGGGGGGGGACGGGGCGCUGCUGGUGCACGGAGAGGCGUUUGCGUGGCGGCCGUGGGAGGCGAGCGGGAGCAAGAGGCUCGUCAACGACAAGGGGCAGUUUGAGCUGCCGGAGGAGGCGUUUGGGCUGUUUGACGUGUUGUGGCCACGACCUGGUACCCCGCGGACGAGAGAGCACGUUUCACGGCUGGGGAUGAGGGUCGAGAUGCUGGACACGAGGAACGCGGCUGCGCAGUUCAAUCUGCUGGCGACGGAGCGAGGAGUGUCAGAGGUAGCGGCGGCGUUGAUACCCAUUGGCUGGGAGGAAGGGCUGGGC